UUGGUCGCUCUUGUUAGUACAAUCCUUAUACAUUUAAUUCUUAGGUUCAUCAUUUUAGAUUACAUCAUGCAACAAGGCUACGAAUCAGACGAAAGUGAUCCAUUUAGGAGCCAGACAGAGUUUCCAUAUGAUACAGACUCCAAUAGGACAGAAUCUCCACAAACUGAGAUUACUGACCUUCCUGGAAGACCUGACAUCACUAUCCACUGCAAUAAAUGUCGAGUUUAUGUGGAUCUGCGCUCCCUGAAUGAGCACAGAGCCUACCACAAAGCUCUCCAGACAAUGAAGUUUAAAGUGAAUGACCUCCCAGAGGAUUUAAAAGCUCUCCAAAAAAGAAGGAUGGGGCUUAUGCGAAGAUUGAAGAAAAAAGCUGGAAACGAGACACCGCUAGAUACAAAGGAUGUGACAAAAAUUGAUGCAGCUUUUGAUUUGCUGAAGGCCAAUAUUGAAGAUACAUAUGAAGCCCUGAGGCAAGUGAAACACAUUGUUAAUACUGAUCUUGCUGGAGUCGCCCUCAACUGUAGCACAGCAUGCGCUUAUGCUGUGGGAAUCUGCUCCGAUCAGAAUGGUCGUUGGAAGAGUACAAUGGAGGAUACUAGAGUGUUCCAAGAUUAUUUUGGCAACGAUGUGGAUAAAUGUUUUUAUGCGAUAUAUGAUGGCCAUAAUGGUCGAUAUGCAGCUGAAAUGGCUGCAAGUGAGCUACACCAUGCUAUGCUAUGUGAAAUGUCUAAAUUUGACCCUAAGACAAAAUGUACAUGUACAUUCAAUAUGGCUGAUGAUGAGAAUGCUAAAGUGAAUGAUAUCCAUCGCCCAGUGUCUAAGGAUAGCGAAAGAGUUCAGCUGUAUGAAGCUAGCACACACAUGAUACAACAAAUCAUUCACAAUUGUGAAGAUAACCUGGACAGUCUAAAACCUCACUCUGGGAGAAUUUCAAAACCAAACACACCAAAAACCCCUAAACCUGCCAAAACCCCAGAUGUGAAGGACUCAAAUGAAGAAAAGAACAAAAUUAAAAAGGAAAAAAAAGCGUAAAGAGAAAGAUCCUUUCUCUGAAAGAGUUUCAAAUGCCUUUAAAACAGCAUACAAAGCAACAGACCUUCUCUUGUCAUAUGGGAAGGAUGAAUCAUCAAGAGUGCGCUGGAGUGGUUGCUCUGGACUAACAUGUAUCAUACAGAAUACACGUGAUCCCGCAGACAUUGAUGGCCUCUUUGAACAGGAUGAAGAUGUGCACUCCACCAUUGAAGAGAAUGAGAAAGAGGAAACACCACGUAAACCAAAACCACCAGUCCAACUCGGACUUAUUCAUCUGGCAAAUGCUGGUAAUGUACAUGCUCUACUGGUGAGGGACAACAAAGCCUAUAUGCUGUCUAAGGACCAUACACCCAAGAACCCUAAAGAACUGAGCAGAGUUAUCAAGGAAGGAGGAACUGUUAACGAUAGUAAAAAAGAACCGAGAGUGAAUGGUGUCCUAGCAACCACCAGAGGUAUAGGUAACCAUGGGGACCCAGCCCUGAAGAAGGUAGUUCUUAAUGAGCCAUACGCCACCACAGUGAAGAUAGACCAGUAUGCCCAAUACCUGGUGAUGGCUUCUCAUGGUCUUUGGGAGGUCUUUAAUGAGCAUGAGGUGGCAGACUUGGUUGUACAGAUGCUGCCCCAGAACGCUUACCCAGCACCCAGUGUCUGCAGUACAAGUAUAAAUCUCCUUUUGGCUGAGUACCACCGUGACCUCCAAAGCAGGAUGUAUGCUGCCACCUAUACAGAAGAUGCCAUCAAGUCAGGAAAAUACUCAGUUGCUAGCUCAGAGAAUCAAAGUCGACCAAACACAGGGAAGCUAAGCACAAUAAGUAAAGACAGUUACAAAACCACAAACACUACAGUUUCAUCUAUACCAAAUAGUAAAAAAUCUGUUGGUAAAACCCAAGAUUCUCAUUCAGUAAUCCUCGAGCAGGAUGAAGCAAAUGGUAGUUCCCCUAUCAGCAGUGGCCCAAAUCAGAACAUCAAUCUGGCACUAUGUGACCUUCAGACUGAAGUUGGGAGCCAGAUUUAUGUAUCUGAUGAUGAAAGGGAGGAUGACUCUGGAAAUGAGGGAGACAUUGACACUUGCACAGAUUUUGUUUCUAUACCUGCACAUUCACGCUUAACAGGGAUCAUUCCCACUAAAGCUGAACUUCAUCGGGAGUUUUCUCGUAUGAUUUCUGAACGUUUGGUUCAAGCUGCUUUACUUGCUGGAGCUAAAGAUAAUAUCACUGCUAUGGUCAUCAUGCUGCCUGGAUGUGGCUUAUAAAUGCUUGUAGUUUAUCUAAUCUCCAUGGCAAACAUACAGGGUGUUUCAUAUGUAUGCAUCUCCUCUAAACUCAUACAUGUAG